GCGUGUGCCUGUCAAAGAAAUCAAGUUUACUUUUUCUGACUUGUUAACAGAGGCAGGGUAUAAAUAGAGCUAACUCUGCUCAGACUAUUAGCAUUUCUCUUAAAUUAAGGGGGUAACUUCCUAGGACCUUUAAUCCAAUGAGGUCCAGACCAAACUGCACUAUAAACAGAGGCAGCAAAGGAGCUUGCUGAAGUUUUUACCAAAGUCAGGUGCAUUUGGGUUCCUCGAAAAUUUAAGGCUUACCAAAAAAAAAAAUCAACCCCGAGCAAACAAGAACUACCUCCAGCUUGGUCACUGCCAUUGCCCUGGAGAAAUUCUGAGAUGUUGGUGGUGCUGUUCACUCGGUGGAUGUGGAUCUUGCUGGGGAAGAGCAGUGUCCUCUUGCUUCUGGAGGUCUCUCUGAAAGGGAGAGCUCUACCUCCAAUCCGGUAUUCCCACGCUGGGAUAUGCCCCAAUGACAUGAACCCCAACCUGUGGGUCGACGCGCAGAGCACUUGCAAGAGAGAGUGCGAAGCUGAUCUGGAGUGCGAGACCUUUGAGAAGUGCUGCCCCAAUGUCUGCGGAACGAAGAGUUGCGUGGCGGCUCGGUACAUGGACGUCAAGGGGAAAAAGGGGCCGGUGGGAAUGCCCAAAGAGGCAACCUGCGACCGUUUCAUGUGCAUCCAGCAAGGCUCAGAGUGCGACAUCUGGGACGGGCAACCCGUCUGCAAGUGCAAGGACAGGUGUGAGAAGGAGCCGAGCUUCACCUGUGCCUCCGACGGGCUCACCUACUACAACAAGUGCUACAUGGAUGCAGAAGCUUGCAUCAAAGGCAUUACACUGAAUGUAGUCACCUGUAGGUACCAUCUGACCUGGCCAAACACCAGCCCUAUCCCACCAGAAACAACAGCUCGCCCUACUACUGCCUAUUCCGAGACAACGGUCGUCGACAUCUUGCCGCCUGCUCUAGUGAACAACCCCGUCCAUCAGUCAGUCUACGUGGGAGAGACCGUCAGCUUCCUCUGUGACGUUACAGGGAGACCCAAGCCAGAAAUCACGUGGGAGAAGCAGGUCGACGGGAAAGACAAAGUCAUCAUGAAGCCAAAUCACGUCAGAGGGAAUGUCGUGGUCACCAACAUCGCCCAGCUGGUCAUCUACAACACCCAGCUCCAAGAUGCAGGCAUCUACACCUGCACCGCCAAAAACAGCGGUGGCCUUCUCAGGGCUGAUUUCCCUUUGUCAGUCAUCAAAGGAGAACCCACAUCCAAAGAAGCUUCCCAAAACAAAACGCAUUUUCCAACCGACGAGUGCCUGAAGCAACCAGACAGCGAAGACUGUGGGGAAGAGCAGACCAGGUGGUACUAUGAUGCAAAGAAAAACAACUGCUUUACUUUCAUCUAUGGGAACUGCAACAGCAACCUCAACCACUUUGAGACCUAUGAGAACUGUAUGCUAACGUGCAUGAAUGGCCCAAUCAACAUUUGCAACCUGCCAGCCCUCCAAGGUCACUGCAAGGCCUAUGAGCCCAGAUGGGCCUAUAACAGCUUGACGAAGCAGUGCCAGUCCUUCAUCUAUGGCGGGUGCGGAGGCAACGAGAACAACUUUGAGAGCCGGGAAGCCUGCGAAGAGAUGUGCCCUUUCCCGAAGAACACGCACUGCAAAGCUUGCAAACCACGCCAGAAGCUGGUGACAAGCUUCUGCAAAAGCGACUUUGUUAUCCUGGGCCGUAUAACAGAGCUGACGGAAGACCAAGACUCGGGACAUGCCCUGGUGACAGUGGAGGAGAUUCUCAAAGAUGAAAAAAUGGGAUUAAAAUUCCUGGGGAAGGAACCACUAGAAAUCACGCUUUUGAACAUGGACUGGAGCUGCCCAUGUCCCAACAUGACCACAGUGGAUGGCCAGCUCAUCAUCAUGGGAGAUGUCCACAAUGGCAUGGCUGUCCUACAGCCAGACAGCUUUGUGGGGACCUCCAGCAUCCGGCGCGUGCGGAAGCUCCGCGAAGUCAUCCACAAGAAAACCUGUGAGCUUUUGAAAGAGUUCCUAGGAUUGCAUUAACCUCCUUCACACGUGUCAGCCUUCCAGACCCGUGUGUUAUGUAGGGCUAACAAGCGCUAGGCUAGUGCACAAACUAAACAAGCUGUUUGAAGAUACACUGUAGGAAUUACGCAGAACCCUUAUUUUAAUCCAUUAAUGAUGCUUAGCAACAAUGUAGUAUGUUCUUUGGCAAGCACGUAAAACAGCAGCAAAAGGCUAUUAAUCUUGCAUUGAAAUCAAUUCGUCCAUAUAGGAGUGCCAUUUAACUAGAUGACUCACUGCAGUAAUUACACAAUUUUUAUGUAGCUUCCAUCAUAAAUGAUGGAAUUCAUAGCAUUUGUUUAUCUAAUUGGUACACAGCUAAGUAAUAUAUAAUGUCAACUUAAUCUGUCUCAUUUACAGUAUGGAAAUGUUAUGGUAAGUCAUUAUAAGUAAGUCACACUCUUGUCUCCUCAUAGCAGCACUAAUAUUUUAAGAGGAAAGCCUGUAAAUUAUUGUCUGUAUUUACAGUUGUGCACAUUUAAC